CUAAGCCGAACUUAUUCUUUCGUCUUCAUCUCGGAUUCGCACCACCAUGUGCGGACGGCGGCUCUAGGGUUUAAGCGUCUGGCGAAUUGAAUCACUGUGUCCUAAUUUUCGACCAGGUCAGUAUCUCUACCUUUCUGAGAAGGUUUUAGGGCUUUUUUUAAUUUUCUGCUCUCAUGUCGAUCUCAAAAGAACUUUACCCAUCUCAAGAUGACCUCCCCUACGAGGAGGAGAUCUUACGCAACCCUUUUAGUCUGAAGUUGUGGUGGCGUUAUCUGAUUGCUAAGUCAGAAGCUCCUUUCAGUAACCGUUUCAUAAUCUAUGAACGCGCACUUAAAGCUCUUCCUGGUAGCUACAAGCUAUGGCAUGCGUAUCUGCGAGAACGCCUUGAAAUUGUUAGAAAUCUACCCGUUACUCACCCCAAGUAUGACACCCUCAACAAUACGUUUGAAAGAGCUCUUGUCACAAUGCACAAGAUGCCCAGGAUAUGGAUAAUGUACUUGCAAACCCUGACGGAACAGAAGUUGAUUACUAGAACGCGUAGGACUUUUGACAGGGCUCUCUGUGCGUUGCCAGUGACUCAGCAUGACAGGAUUUGGGAGCCUUAUUUGGUAUUUGUAAGCCAAAAGGGUAUCCCUAUUGAGACCUCACUGAGGGUUUAUAGGAGGUACUUGAAGUAUGAUCCUUCUCACAUUGAAGAUUUCAUUGAGUUUUUGGUGAAUUCAAGUCUGUGGCAAGAGGCCGCGGAGAGGUUAGCUUCUGUUUUGAAUGAUGAUACCUUUUAUUCAAUAAAAGGGAAGACAAAACACAGACUGUGGUUGGAGUUGUGUGACCUGCUUACAACACAUGCGACGGAGGUUUCGGGGCUCAAUGUGGAUGCAAUAAUUAGAGGUGGGAUACGGAAGUUUACAGAUGAGGUAGGAAGGCUAUGGACUUCGCUUGCUGAUUAUUACAUUAGGAGAAGUUUGUUUGAGAAGGCUAGAGAUAUUUUUGAGGAGGGUAUGACAACAGUAGUAACUGUGAGGGACUUCAGUGUAAUAUUUGAUGCUUAUUCACAAUUUGAAGAGAGUGUGAUUGCUCACAAGAUGGAGAGCUUGGAUUUAAGUGAUGAGGAAGAAGAAGACAUACAAGAAGAUGUGAUUGAGGAGGAUGAAGAUAUUCGUUUGGAUGUUGAUCUGUGCAAGUCAAAACAGAAGUUUGAGAGGAAAAUAUUUAAGGGGUUUUGGUUGCAUGAUGACAAGGAUAUAGAUCUAAGGUUGGCUCGGUUGGAGCAUUUAAUGAACAGAAGGCCGGAACUUGCCAAUAGUGUCCUCUUACGUCAAAAUCCGCAUAAUGUGGAGCAAUGGCACAGGAGGGUAAAGAUUUUUGAGGGUAGCCCAACCAAACAGAUUUUGACUUACACAGAAGCAGUGAGGACAGUUGAUCCCAUGAAAGCAGUUGGGAAGCCUCAUACCUUGUGGGUUGCCUUUGCUAAAUUGUAUGAGAACCACAAAGAUAUAGCUAAUGCUCGAGUGAUUUUUGACAAGGCAGUGCAAGUAAACUACAAGACUGUGGAUCAUCUGGCUAGUGUUUGUGUUUGUGGAAUCACAAACAACUCUUGAUUUGGUAAUGCUAUGUUAUUUUGCUUGCAGUGGCUGCUGAUGGGAAUGAACCUGUGCAGAUGAAAGUGCACAAAUCACUUAGAUUGUGGACUUUCUAUGUAGACUUGGAGGAAAGCCUGGGUACCUUGGAGUCAACUAGAGCAGUCUAUGAGAGAAUACUAGACUUAAGAAUUGCCACACCGCAAAUCAUCAUAAACUAUGCCUUCCUUUUGGAGGAAUACAAGUACUUUGAAGAUGCUUUUAAGGUCUAUGAAAGAGGUGUCAAGAUAUUUAAAUACCCACAUGUCAAGGACAUUUGGGUAACCUAUUUGUCCAAGUU